AUGGCUACUGCAAAACUCACCUGGCUCAUCACCGGCUGCUCCUCAGGCUUCGGCCUUUCCCUCGCCCGCGCCGUGUUAGCUGGCGGACACAACGUCAUCGCGACCUCGCGCAACCCGUCGCGGACUCCCGGCCUUGUCGCGGAGAUCGAGUCAAAGGGUGGAAAAUGGGUUCAGCUCGAUGUGGACAGUUCCGACAGCGGAAAAGUCAUUGACGAGGUGGAACGCGGCGGCGGUCGUAUCGAUGUCUUGGUCAACAACGCCGGGUACUGCGUGUAUGCUCCCAUCGAAACGGCGACAGAGGCGGAGGUCAAGGCGCAGAUGGAGACCGUGUUCUUUGGUCCGCUGCGUCUUAUCCAGACUGUACUCCCGUAUAUGCGUCAGCGGAAGUCCGGCGUCAUCGUCAACAUGAGCAGUGGUGCUUCGCUUGAUGGGAUCAACACUAUGGGUGUGUAUGCGGGCGCAAAGGCUGGGUUGGACGCUCUCACUAAGAUCCUCGCAAAGGAAGUCGCCCCGUUCAACAUCCGUACCUUGACCGUCGUCUUGGGAACCUUCAACACCAACAUGCCCAAUUCGAUCGUUCUCGGCGAGACUCCACUCGCAGAGGACUAUAGGGGGACGUUCACGGAACAGGUCCAGGAACUACUGGUCGGUGGGAAGAUCAAGCCGAACGGCGACAAGGACAAGGCGAUGAAGGCUGUCUUUGAGGUUGUUGCUGGCGUGGGUAUCGGGGAGGGACAUCAGUCUGAGAAAUUGCUCCCUCUUGGAAGUGAUAUGACUCCGAGGCUCAAGGGGGCUCAGGAAUAUCUUGGUCAUGCGCUGGAUGUGUUUGGGUCUGUGACGAAUAGCGUUGACGUCGAUGAAAAGUAG